UCAAUGACUAUGCCUUCUUAGGUUUUGAUGAUGAGCUGCAUGAAUACAUUCAUGUUUGGGGAUAAAACAAGGGUUAUUUAAUGAGACCAUGAGUAUGACAUAAGCAAUGUAACCAUUAGUCAAAACAAAAUUCUACUUAAUUGGCUAAGAGAAAAACAAGGGGAGUGAUUUGCACCUGGCCAGGGUAUAUAAAGGGCCCAGAGGGAGAAGAAGACAUUCACACCUCAGAAAAUCCACCUGCUCUCAACAGCCCUAUCCAGACCAGCCCAACACUCCACCAUGACCGGCUCCUGCUGUGGCUCCACCUUCUCCUCCCUGAGCUGUGGAGGAGGCAGCUCCCAGCCCUGCUGUCCCCAAGACCCCUGCUGCUGUCGCCCGGUGUCCUACCAGACCACCGUGUACCGCCCCGUGACCUGCGUGCCACGCUACACACGUGCCAUCUGUGAGCCCUGCCACAGGCCCGUCUGCUGUGACCCGUGCAGCCAGCAGGAAGGCUGCUGCCGGCCCAUCACCUGCUGCCCCACGUCCUCCACGGCCGUGGUCUGCCGGCCCUGCUGCUGGGUCUCCACCUGCUGCCAGCCCAUCUCUGUGCAGUCCCCCUGCUGCCGGACGCCCAGCUGCCAGCCUGCCCCCUGCAGCACCAUCUGUAGGUCCUCCUGCUGCUAA